GACACGAUGUGGCGGCUCCGCUGCAAGGCCAAGGAUGGCACCCAUGUUUUGCAGGGGUUGUCCAGCCGGACCCGGAUGCGGGAACUCCAGGGCCAAAUUGCCGCAGUCACCGGGAUCGUCCCCGGCUGUCAGCGAAUCCUCGUCGGAUACCCGCCCGAGUGCCUGGACCUCAGCAACGGGGAUACCAUUCUGGGGGAUUUGCCCAUUCAGUCAGGCCCAGCCUGGGACAUUCUUCGCUUCCCUUCGCUUCCCCUCUGAGAGCCCCUUUCACCACCCCUGCACCUUGCUUCAGGCGAUGCCCGAGAGAGAGCUGUGGCCAGCAGGGCCUGGCUUGGAACCCGUGACCCGCAUUGGUAGCUGCGACAGCAUGAUGAGCACCACCUCCACCCUCUCUGGAUCUAGUGACAGCAACUACGACUUCCUGUCCGCUGAAGAGAAGGAGUGUCUGCUCUUCUUAGAGGAAACCAUUGGCUCAUUGGACACCGAGGCUGACAGUGGACUGUCCACUGACAAGUCUGGGCAAGCCACAGCUCCCCGAGGUCCCCGAACACUGCCCACGACCCAGCCUGCCGCCCAGGGACAUCCGAAAGAGACUGUUCAGCAAGGAACAGAGCCAAAAAGAGUGACUCCAUUCAGCUUGUCUCAUCUGCCCGAGCCUCAAAGCCUGGGCCUCAGGUCUGGCUCCUACAGCCUCCCCAGAAAUAUCCACAUCGGCAGAGACCAGAUCCUCAGAGAAAGCACCACACAGACUAACAGCCACAUCCCGGGGGCAUCUGAGGGGCUUGUCCCGGGGCCUGAGAAAGAGCAGGUCAGCCAGAGCAGUGAGCCCCACCAGGCACCGACAGGCCCCCAGGACGCGGCCCUUGAUCUGGACAGGGCCUUCAUCCCCCCACCAGAGGCCUUCCGGGACACCCAGCCAGAGCAGCGUGGGCAACACGGCCUGCCCAGCCAGCCAGGGGAGCUGAGUCACAGGCCCCAGCUCCACACAUCACUCAGCCUCCAGCAAAAAAAGGAUACCACUUCGGAGGCCAUGUCCCAAAAAGCCGGUGAGGAAGGCUCAACCGGGGAACCUGGACAAGCUCGGCCUCCUCCAGCUGUGUCCUCGCAGAAUGCAAAAGCUGAAGAUGUUCCUGGCCCAUCAGGGGGGAAUCCAAAUGCCCGGCCGGCUCCCCUCACAGCCCCUAAGACACGGAAGCUGCCACCAAAUAUUGUUCUGAAGAGCAGCCGAGGUGGUUUCCACAGUGAUCCCCAGAAUCGGCUGUCUUGCCACUUGGAGGCUGGCCCUGGAGACUCGGGCGCCGCCUCGUCAUCACUGCAGGAGCAGAGGAGAGCACGCAGGGAAGCGCUGGAGAAGCUGGGGCUGCCUCAGGACCAAGACGAGGCCAGCGCCCACUUAAGUAGGCCCUCCAUCAGGCUCAGGGAGACUCGCCCUCAGGCCCCCUCCCCGGCUCCGGCUCCGGCUCAGCCUGUGGUUCCAGCUCAGGUCUCAGCAGCGACAGGAAAGGCUCCAGCACCUGCACCAAUGCGGGGACCUUCUCCAGUGAAAGCUCCGGGUCCGGCUCCAGCUCAGCCGUCUUCUCCAGGCAAGGUUUUGGUUCCCGCCCAGGAACCCACUCCAGGCAAAGUUCCAGCUGCCAAAUCCAUGCCAAUUCCUAUCCCUAAGGCCCCACAGGCAAAUAGUCCCCUGACUCAGCCAAAGCCAGACUCUGGGCUGACUCUCCAGGAGAGCAACAUCCCUGGCCUGAGACAGAUGAACUUCAAGUCCAACACGCUGGAGCGUUCAGGCGUGGGGCUGAGCAGCUACCUCUCAGCGGAGAAAGAUCGCAGCCCCAAAACCAGCACCUCUCUGGGAAAAAGCUCCUUCUUGGACAAGAUCUCACCCAACGUCUUGCGUAACUCCCGGCCGCGCCCGGCCUCCUUGGGCACCAGGAAGGACUUCGAGGGUAUCCAGGUGGGCAAGUUGGCCGACCUGGAGCAGGAGCAGGGCUCCAAGCACCUGUCUUACCAAGGACAGAGCCGUGACAAGCUGCCUCGACCCCCCUGUGUCAGUGUCAAGAUCUCCCCAAAAGGCGUGUCUGCUGAACACAGAAGGGAGGCUCUCAAGAAGCUGGGCCUGUUGAAGAAGUAGGCGCUGGCCACCAGCACCCCCACACAACCCCUCCUGCACCCCGUCAUUCGAGAAGAGACCCAGGGCUCCACUUAGUCUUCCCCACCUCACAAGUCAGGGGCUGGGCAGGGGUCGGCUUCUCUGCAGUGUCCUCUUCUCUCUGAGGGAGAGGUUGGAGCACACAUUUAUAUUCAGAGUGGCUGUACCAAUGAGUGCCUGCGUGAACCAUCCUGAAGAUGAUUCCCACAGGAGGGUGUGUGUGUGUGCUAUAGGCUGUGUCUAUCACUGAAGCUAUUUAUAUGACACAGAGUCAUUGCUCAGAAUUCCUCACUUGUUGGAAAUUUUCUUACAUCAGGUAGAGUUCAGCCAAGCCAGAACUGAGUGCAGAGGGGUGGCUAAGCCUGAGAAAAAAAAGUCAAAUGGGACAAUGGAUGUACCCGUGACACUAGGCAACUGCAGGGUCACAUGAAAUGUGGGUCUCCCAGAACCCCUGCAGUGGGUGGAGACUGGCACAGACCUUGCUGGAUUCCCCUCUCACUUCUGGCCUCCUGGAUAGGGGCCUGCGGCCAAGAGGAGUUGGUUUGUUAUCUCAUCAUCUGCUGCCUUCUCACUGUCCCUAGUCCCAAGGAUCAGACACAUCCCUGUCACUAAAAACUCUUGGUUGACUGAUACCAGGAGAGCUCUUGCUGGCCUGAGAAGUCGGGAUGAGUGCCCACACAGCACACCUCCACUGGGGAGGGCCUUGUCCGUGGGCUUGUUAAAUUCAGUAAUAAACUACGGUGGUCCCUGA